AUGUCUGACUUAGCCGCCGAUGGAUUUAACGCUUCUGCCUUGCUCACCCAGUUGAACGACGCCCUCAAGGACGACAAGAUCAAGCAAAAGGCCCUUGCCCAAGUCAAGGCUGUUCUUGCUAUAACCUUGAAGAACAAGGAAGGCAAGGAACAAUCGUGGAUCUUGGACCUCAAGAACGAAGGUAACGUCAAGAAGGUCGACUCCGUCCCAAAGACCGACGUCCAAUUGAUCUUGAAGGACGCUGACUUCGUCAAGUUGGCCAACGGUAAGGCCAACGGUCAAAAGUUGUUCAUGAACGGUGCCUUGAAGGUCAAGGGUAACAUGAUGAAGGCCACUGCCAUUGAAGGUGUCUUCAAGUCUAUUGACCCAAGACCUAAGUUGUAA